AACUGAAUCGUUUGGUGCACCACUACAGCGGUUACUCCUAGAUAAAUUACGAGAAUUUCCCAGCCAAAAGCAUCAAACCUGAGCUAAGAUUACUUGUGAACCAAUUUAAUUUUCAUCUAUAUAGUGCUAUGGAUAUAAACUGUAUAUCGACUGACCUUAUCUUUUAUUUGCGGUACAAACAAGAUAAGUUUAAAAACGUCAACAUUGUCUCUGGUUAACCACAUGUACACCUUGGAUAAAAAGGUGCGAAUGCUUUCAAAGAGAAGAACAUCGCACGAAUGAUGGCAUCGCAAAAAGAACUAGACACUAUAGCCGUGGAAAAUUUCCGACGCUAUUUGCGAAUACCGUCCGUCCAUCCUAACGUCGACUAUGAACCCUGCGUUAAUUUCCUAAAGGAACAAGCGAAGGACAUCGGUUUGGCGAUUUCCGUUUUUCGAGAUGUGCCCAAGAAUCCAAUGGUUGUCCUAACAUGGACUGGUAAGGAGAAGAGUCUGCCCGCCAUUAUGCUCAAUAGUCAUAUGGAUGUCGUGCCAGUCAUCGAGAGUAUGUGGACGCAUAAGCCGUUCGAUGCCGAAAUCGACGAAAAUGGGAACAUCUACGCCCGUGGAUCUCAAGAUACGAAAUGUACUGGAAUACAAUAUUUGGAAGCAAUCAGGAGAAUGAAACUGAGCGGCGUGGAGCUGCGACGGACUGUUUACGUUACUUUCAUGCCAGAUGAGGAGUGUGGAGGGGGAGAUGGAGCCCAGCAGUAUGUCAAAACGGAGAACUUCAAAAAACUAAAUAUUGGUUUUGCAUUGGACGAAGGGGCCGGUGGCACAAAUAACACGCUGAUUGUUUUCUAUGGCGAAAAAAGAGGAUGGAUGUUUCGCAUUCAUUGCCCCGGGCAGGCUGGUCACGGAUCACUUUUACUCGACAAUACAGCGGGUGAGAAAGUAAGAUUUAUUUUGGAUAAAAUUUACGAUUUUCGGGCUACACAAAAAGUGAAAGAAAACGAAGACAAGCGCACUGUUCGUGUGACAUCGAUCAACCUAACAAUGAUUCAGGGAGGAGUGCAAAAUAAUGUCAUUCCUGACGAAUUUUCCCUGGUUUUUGAUUCGAGAGUACCUAUAGACGAUUUUGAGGAGUUUGAGAGGAAGCUAAAUCAGUGGUGCAAGGAUGCAGGAAAGGAUGUAUGGAUCGAAAAUGUGCGCCAAGACGCAGCGCAGCCUAUCCGCUGACAGCAAUCGACGGCUCCAACAAAUUUUGGGUUGCUUUCAAGGAGGCUGCGCGGUUAAACGGUUUUGACGUUGAUCCUCAGGUAAUACCGGCGAAUACAGACGGAAGAUAUUUUCGAGGAGUUGGCAUUCCGACGCUCGGAUUUUCGCCCAAUCAAGAUACCCCGAUAAAAGCUCACGAUCACGAUGAAUUUUUGAACGUAAACGUCUUUUUAAAAAGUAUUGAGUUAUACACUCAUAUCAUUCCUGCGCUUUGUAAUGCAUGAAGAAAUAAAUAACAAUAAUCAAAUAGUAUACGAAUUGUAAACCUUAGAAACAUUACAGGAUUCGAAGAUUUAAA